AUGACAACCGAUGAUUUUUGACAGUUUUUCGUCGAAACCAAAAUUCUUUGGCCGCGCUUUGUCACCUCAACAUGUUUGCUCACACCUGCGGUAAUUUAGGCUUCGAUAGGAUCUGUGCAAUCCUAAUCCUGACCUCCUCCAUCAAUGUGCAUCCACUGCUGCCGCCUGCGCCGGACACCAUGUCCGCCGAUUCCGUACAGCUGUCCCCACUGUCCGGUGCGCACCAUCUCCAGCUGCUGUCCCCUGGGCAGUCGUCCCUUAGCCGCGAACCCCUUCAUGAGGGACACGUUGUCACCUCGGUGGCUGGAGGUGAACCGUCGGGUCAUUUACGCCCUGGCCAACAGUUUGGAGCGGUCCCCAGAAGCAGCUCAUUACAUGUUGUUACGCCUGCUGUAUGCCAACUAUGGAAAAGUGAUGAUGAUAUCCCAAAAACGCAGGAGUUUCAAAGUGCCGUUGAGCGGCUUUCCGGAUCAGGACCUCUUCUCCUCCAGCGACCUUUUCGAUGGUAAUGGUUACUUGUCCAAUCCCAUGGCACCAGAGACUUUAGGAAAGCUGCUCCGCAUGAUGCAGGACUACAUCUUCCGGCUGAGAGCACUUAAUCUCAAGUACAAGUGGUUCGAAAAUGGCGACGACCUCAGAGACAUACUGCACCUGUUGGGAGAACAAGAUGAACUGGUGAGACUGUUAAGGGGACUUUUUGGGGACAGCGUUGUGGUGCCCAUUCCAAAACUUCUUAGAGCUCUCAACGAGCUGGAGUUCAGUAAUUUAUUUGGCAAAUGUAAGAAGCAAUCCGAACCGUGGUUAGUGAGAAGUAUAUCCGAUCUCUAUUCGGAAGUAACGGAACCCAAGAAAUCAAUAAUGAUAUCACCAGUCGCUAAGGACACUAAAUUUGGUUCCCCGCAAUCAGUUCAGAGUUCAGAUACCAGUGCCCUGGGACCAACCCAUUCCAAAAAUAGAAGACCCACACCCACAACCAAUCUUCGCCGAUGCGGAGUUCCGGAAUACGCAACAACAAAAUCGAGAGGACCAACUAAUAGGCCCAAGAAAAUCGUAGAAUUUGGAUCUAAUAAGCCAAUGAAUAGGACAGCCGAACCAAAUAUAUAUUAAAAUAUAUUCUAACGUAUAUAAAAAUAUUAUUUGGACCAGCCG